CUUCUCCUUUGCAUGACUCUAGCAAAUCCAAUAGGAGAGGAAUUGAGGGGGUGUUCUACACAACACUUUCUGGUUGUUUACAAACUUUCCUCAAUUGGGUUCUCUCCUCUUUUUUUCUUUUCUUUUCUCUUCAAUCCUAUAUCUUUCCCCUUCAACUUUGAAACAGCAGAGAUUAUAUUGUUGAGAAAGGGCCUUGUUAUAUUGGCCAGAGAUAGAUAGUGCAGUUGAUCAUUCAAGAAAGUUUGGGAGAGGAGAGAGAGAAUCUUGGAAGGGGACCAAGAGGAAAAAUAAAAGAUUAUGGAACUUACAGAGCUUUCCUUGGCUCCAACAACAACUACAGCAACUACUGCUACUACUACUAAAACACAGUUUAUUGUUGAGAAAUUAAGCAGCACAUCAUCAGAAUCAGAAUGUAACCAUUCUUCCAGAAAGAAGAGGAAGUUUCUUUCAGAUCAUCACCUUCUCAGGACUGCUACUACUACUGGACCACCUAUUCAAGCAAGUUUUGAUCUUCAUGUUAAAGAUCCUCUGCCUCUUGAUUGGGAGCAAUGCCUUGAUCUUGAAUCAGGUAGAAUGUAUUAUUUGAACAGAAAAACGUUGAGAAAGAGUUGGAACUGGCCAAAGGAUCAAAAGCUAGACCUUGAACUCAACAUUUCACCACUCACUGAUUGUACUCCUGAUCAUCAUCAGCAAUGCAAUAAUAAUGGCUCUAAUUCAGUACUACUUGAAGACUCAAGGAACAAUUUUUCAUCACCAAGCAGUAACAUGGUAGCUUUGGCUUGCUUAAACUGCCAUCUCCUUGUCAUCCUCUCAAGAUCAUCUCCUUCUUGCCCAAAUUGCAAGUAUGUUCAUUCUCUUCCAAUCACCCACCAAGUCUUACUUCCUAAAAUUUCUCCCACUAAGUCCUUAAACACCUUAAGCCUCUUGAACUAAUCUCAUACAGUUCAAGUUCAGACAUGAAUGAAAUAGAAUUAAUGGAGUAGGUAGUGAUGGCAUAAAGAUCGAUCAAUUAUAUACAUAUAAAGCUAAGCUGUAUUAUGUUAUGUUCCUUCUUUUCUUUUUUGUUUGGGGAUGAUGUAAUGAACAAAAGAGUAAAUAGAAUCUAUGAAAGCUUUGUUGUAAUUUAUAACUUGUUAUAUAUAGAUUCUGACUUUCUUA